AUGGGGGGAGAGGUCGGGGAAGUGCUGGAGGAAACAGAUUCUAGCAGCAACCUCUGGAUAAGGAUCAAUGUGCUAUUUGCAAGGAAAAGGGACACUGGAAACGAGAGUGUCCGCGAGGGAGGAGAGGCUGUCCUGAGUAAACUGAACGCACAAAUAACUUUUGAAAAUGGGCGAGUACAAGUCCAUAUUCCAGAAAGUAAAGCCCUGGAAGCCCAGGUUUUUAUGUUACAGCAACCCAAGGCAGAAGAAGGGAUUCCAGAGGAGGUAGAGAAUGCCGUCACUCCGCUGGUUUGGGCCACCAAAAUCCCAGGGAAAUCACGAGCAGUGGAACCAGUAAGAAUACAACUAAAACCUAACGCCAGACCAGUAAAACAAAAACAAUAUCCUUUAAAAUUGGAAGUAAGAAGGGGAUUGGAAAAAAUGAUUAAUAACUUUGUACAGUAUGGAUUGCUAGUAGAAUGCCAAUCAGUCUAUAAUACGCCUAUUUUGCCAGUAAAGAAAUCUCAUUCAGAUGAAAAUAGGCUGCUACAAGAUCUUAGGGCUAUCAGUCAGACAGUGCAGGAUAUACACCCUGUCAUAGCCAAUCCAUAUAUUCUAUUGACUACGAUCAAGGAGAAUGAUAAGUGGUUCACAGUCUUAGAUUUAAAGGAUGCUUUCUUCUGCAUACCUAUAGAGGCAGGAAGUCAGGCAUUGUUCGCAUUUGAAUGGGAAAGUCCUAGGAGAGGUUGAAAAACACAACUUACCUGGACUGUGUUGCCCCAAGGUUUUAAAAACAGUCCCAUGUUGUUCGGAAAUCAAUUAGCAAAAGAAUUAGAAGUGUGGAAGAAGGAAAAUGAAGCUCCAACUCUCCUCUCUUAUGUGGACAAUAUUUUGGUUGCCACAUCCACACGGGAGGAAUGUAUUCAUUCAACUAUCAGCUUGUUAAAUUUCCUAGGGCAGGCUGGCUACCGUGUGUCAAGGAAGAAGGCGCAAAUAGCGAAGGCUCAAGUCUUAUACUUGGGAUUUAUCAUAUCACAAGGAGAACAGAGCUUGGGAACAGAAAGAAAAGACACCCUGAUAGAGAACCCUGACUGUGAACUGUUCACAGACGGAAGCAGUUUUGUGCAUCAAGGGAAACAAAUGACUGGUUAUGCGGUCGUGACUCGGACUGAAGUUGUGGAAGCUCGUCCGCUACCUGGGAACACAUCAGCUCAAAAAGCAGAAUUAAUGGCACUCCAAAGAGCCUUAGAACUAUCUAAGUAUAAAAAAGUCAACAUAUGGACUGAUUCCAAGUAUGCAUUUGGGGUAGUACACACCCAUGGAGCUAUAUGGAAAGAGAGAGAACUGCUAUCUGCACAGGGAUCUCCUAUCAAGUGUGGGGAUAUAAUUAAACAACUGUUGGACAGUGUUCAGCUACUGGUAGAAGUAGUCAUAAUGCGUUGUAAAGCCCAUCAGUCUAGACAAACAUCAACUAAUAUAGGGAACCAAUUAGUGGAGAAAAUAGCAGAAGAGAUAGCAGAGGAAAGCAUCCUGACUGUUGCCCCAUCGAGGUAUGUGAACCUCCCAAAUGUAACCCCGGAAUAUCAGAGCCAAGAUAACCAAUUGGCCAAACUAUUAAAAGCCCAUCUAAACCCUGAAGGAUGGUGGAUAACAGCAGAUAGACAAGUGAUAGUAACCCAGGCAAUAAUGAGACAAUUGGCCGAAGACAAACAUAAAGCAACACAUUGGGGUGCAGAAGCUAUUGUAAAUGCCUUAAAAGAUCAGGGUGGAGUGUAUUAA